AUGAAGCUGCUACUUUCAGCCCUAUUUGUCUCUUGCUUUGUGUCGCCAAUAGAGGGGUCAGCCGUGCCGACUUCUGUUGAGGCAACAGACCCAGGCAGUUCAUCCAAUCCAGCCGCUUCUAAGACCAACCGUUCAAUUGGCGACACUGACACUUCUUUUGGCCGCGAAGCUGCAGUAAGAUGGUCGUACACAACUCCCUUUUCCGAUCUGGCCCCUCGGCAGAAGGUAAUGGGUGUGAUUAACACAAUCGCUGUCCUGAGAACCAAGGCAUCCCUCCUCGAAGAAAUGAAGCAUGCAUUUGAACCAAGGACUACCGCUAAAAGUCCAGGAAUCAUCAAUGGUGGUUCGCUUCCUGGGCCGGCGCUUGCAUACGGGGACUGUCGUUUAGGAAUACUUCCAUUCGAAGUGUGCAGACACCUCGGCUUUCUUGACAGUGAUCCCAUGGUUGCUCCCAGCUCUACACAGAGCAAGCUGCUCAGGCUUGUAGGGGCCAGCUCUCUUGUCGCCUCCUUGAAGAAAGGGCAGGCAUACCUCAGCGACGACCCUCAUCUGAACUCAGUCCUAGGACCUCAGCUUCUGGAUUAUGCAAUUAGAGCUCUAAGCCUGUUUUGGAGUUCCCAGCUCCUCACCCCAGCUUUCGAAAUAAGAGGAAUACACUCUGACCAAAUCAAGCAGGCGUUGUACUAUGCUGACGCCUUCCUCUUCCAAACUGCAACGCAAGCUAAACACAUCAUUCGUUUCAGCCGGACAGAGUACGAUGACGUAGCGAGUUGGCUGGCACUGCUAUUCUCGGACGCAGAACCAAACGCAAGUGCUCACAGAGAAGGGGACCUACAACAUGAAGAUAUUCCAAAGCUCUCAGAAGAAGCAGCAGCGAAUCCGCAAGGUGAAGAAGCAAUUAGCGUCAGGUCAGUUCAAACACCGGCCCAAGUGCCCUCUGCCCACAAGGAAGAAGAAGGCGGGAUGUUUGGUGACUUCCUCAGCCGGUUUUUCACACCACAGCCGUCCCAACCAUCCCAAUCACCUUCCAUACCACCACCCCAACAGCCCGCACAACCAAAAAGCACGGAACGAGAAACAGCGCCCAUGAAUUCUCUCUCCGCAUUUGCCAGCUCUGUCGGGGAGGGCCUGACAUCCAUCGUAACGAGUACAGCCCGAAGUGCCGCUAAGCUUAUUCAAGGAGAAACACCUGCUCCUUCUUCAGGAUCCAAAGAAUCACUUGUUGAUCAGGUGACUGAAGAGCGCGUCAGCAACAUCUUAAACGCGCUCCCCGAAAAAGUCGAUGGCCAGUUCCGAUGA